AGGGGGGAGGAGCAGCAUCUGAGUGGCCCGUUGUUAUGGCAACCCUGGCCCCUGCAGGAACUCCAAGGAUGAAGGGUGAAGUGGCAGGUACCCUGGCCCACAUCCAGCCCUGAAGCUUGGCCCUUGUAUGCAGUCAUGAUGAGGGCUAAGCCCGAGGUCCCCCUCUCUGUCCAGCCUGAGUCAUGGGCAUCCCCCCAGCUCCGUCAGCCCUGCCUCCUCCCAGCCUCUCUCUGAGAAAUCCAUGAGUCACACCUCCAGAGAUCUUGGUCUGGGAGGAGCCCGGCUGGGGCAGGACAGUGCCCCCCCAACCCAGCCAGCCCCACCCCCGGCUCCGCACUGGCUGCGCUUGGCUCUGCCGCAGGAGAGGGGCUGCCUGCCUCCCACGCUCGCUCCCCAGCCUGCUCGUAGCCUGGCACACAGCUGCAGGACGGGCACGGGCAGGUGGAACCUCCAAGGUGGGUCCUGAGAGGGGGUCCAGCGCCUAGUGCUUCACAGGACGCUCUGCCUGGUGCCAGGUGGUGACAUCUCUGGGGACAACAAUGGCUGUCCAGUUGCUCCAGCAGGCGGUGCUGUUCCUACUGAGUCUUCUCUUCCUGGUGCAAGGUGCCCAUGGUGGCGGUCCACGGGAGGACUUCCGCUUCUGUGGCCAGCGGAACCAAACCCAGAAGAGUGACUUGCAGUAUGAGCAGACGCUGGAGCUGAAGAUCACCAUCAAUAACUCAGAGGAGGCCCUCACCAUCCGUGCCCCCUUUCCUGCCGCCCCGGAGGCCUCCCGGGCCUUCCCGGAGCCCAGAGGCAUCUACCACUUCUGCCUGUACUGGAGUCGCCAGUCUGGGAAGUUCCACCUGCGUUAUGGCAAGAAUGACUUCCUGCUCAGUGACCAAGCCUCCAGGCUCCUCUGCUUCCAGCACCGGGAGAGCUUGGUGCAGGGGCCCCCGCUGCUGGCCACCUCUGUCAGCUCCUGGAGGAACCCCGAGAACACCAGCCUGCCUGGGGCUUCCAGCUUCACCUUUUCCUUCCAUAAGCCCCACCAUGCCUCCCACAAUGCAUCAGCCUCAGUGGACAUGUGCGAGCUAAAGAAUGUCCUCCUGCGGCUCAGCCAGCUUCUCCAGCAUCCCCACAAAGCCUCCAGGCGGCCCUCGGCCACCCUGGCCAGCCAGCAGCUGCAGAGCCUAGAGUCAAAGCUGGCCUCUGUGAGCUUCCCUGGCGACAAGGUGUCCUUUGAGGAGGACCGGGUCAACGCCACCGUGUGGAAGCUGCGGCCCUCAGCCGUCCUCCAGGACCUCCACAUCCACUCCCGGCAGGAGGAGGCGCAGAGCGAGGUCCAGGAGUACUCCGUGCUGCUGCCUCGUGCCCUCUUCCAGCAGACCAAAGGCCGGCGCGGGGAGGCAGCCAAGAGACUGCUUGUGGUGGACUUCAGCAGCCAGGCUCUGUUUCAGGACAAGAAUUCCAGCCAAGUCUUGGGUGAGAAGGUCUUGGGCAUCGUUGUGCAGGACACCAAAGUCUCCAACCUCCCUGAACCAGUGGUGCUCACCUUCCAGCACCAGCCCCAGCCGAACAACAUCACUCUCCAGUGUGUUUUCUGGGUUGAAGACACAGCACCUGGCAGCCACGGGAGCUGGAGCAGCACCGGGUGUGAGACGGUCAGGGGAGAAACACAGACAUCCUGCCUCUGCAGCCACCUGACCUACUUCGCAUUGUUGAUGGUGUCCUCAGUGGAGGUGGACACCACCCACAAGCACUACCUCACCCUCCUGUCCUACGUGGGCUGUGUCAUCUCCGCCUUGGCCUGUGUCUUCACCAUUGCUGCCUACCUGUGCUCCAGCAGGAGGAAACCCCGGGACUACACCAUCAAGGUGCACAUGAACCUGCUCCUGGCUGUCUUCCUCCUGGACGUGAGCUUUCUGCUCAGCGAGCCGGUGGCACUGUCAGGCUCUGUGGCCGCCUGCCAGGCCAGCGCCAUGUUCCUGCACUUCUCCCUGCUGGCCUGCCUGGCCUGGAUGGGCCUGGAGGGCUACAACCUCUACCGCCUUGUCAUCGAGGUCUUCGGCACCUAUGUCCCUGGCUACCUGCUCAAGCUGAGCGCUGUGGGCUGGGGCUUCCCCAUAUUCCUGGUGACACUAGUGGCUCUGGUGGACGUGAACAACUAUGGUCCCAUCAUCCUGGCGGUACACAGGACUCCGGAGCGGGUCAUCUACCCUUCCAUGUGCUGGAUCCGUGACUCCCUGGUCAGCUACAUCACCAACCUGGGCCUCUUCAGCCUGGUGUUCCUGUUCAACAUGGCCAUGCUGGUCACCAUGGUGGUGCAGAUCCUAUGGCUGCGGCCACACAGCCAAAAGUGGCCCCACGUACUGACCCUGCUGGGCCUCAGCCUGGUCCUUGGCCUGCCCUGGGCCUUGAUCUUCUUCUCCUUUGCUUCUGGCACCUUCCAACUCGUGAUCCUCUAUCUCUUCAGCAUCAUCACUUCCUUCCAAGGCUUCCUCAUCUUCCUCUGGUACUGGUCCAUGCGGCUGCAGGCCCGGGGAGGUCCUUCCCCUCUGAAGAACAGCUCGGACAGCGCCAGGCUCCCCAUCAGCUCGGGUAGCACCUCGUCCAGCCGUGCCUAGAUACCCCAGCUUCCACCCUGUGUGAGGGGCAGAGACGUGGCUCCCCCAUUGUCUACACCCACUGCUGGGCUCAGCCCACCACUGGGCAGUGGCAGACUGGAGAAGGCCCAGUUCCCUGGAUGGAUGGAUGGAUGGAGUGAUUGCCAUGGCAACCAGAUGCCUGCCUGGCCUUGAGGACCAUUCAGCUCCCUGCUCCAACUCCCAAGGGCUCAGGAGUACACUGCCAUGCUGGUGGCAAAGAUGUCCCACAACUGGACUCAGGCCUCAUCUCUCCUGAUUUUCCUGAGCUGAGCUUUUGCUGCCAGAGGCUGAGACUCACAGGCACCAGGGCCAGGCUUGCAUUUUAGAUGCCCAGACACAGCUGCCCAGGCUAUUGCUACUCUGAACUUGUCACCACUCCUCAUUCUGCAGCCCCUGCCCUUUCCAUCUAGGCAGCAGCAAGGACAAGCAGGGCUGGGAAGAGAAUUGGACUGGAGUCGUGCAGGUGGCGAGGCCCUCCUUCAAAGGCUACCUCUGAGCUCAGAGCUUCUUCCUCCACCAGACUCCCAGAGGCCCCCUUUUUUCCCUGUUCUCCUCCUCAGCUUUCCCUGCCCUUUGCCCACAGCCUGGGGCCCCAGUUCCAAUGCUGUUAUUUUGGGAAGCCAUUCCCACCCAGCUUCCUGGUGCCUCGCUGUAAACUCCCAAGGCUGUAUGGGCCUUCAAUGUCUCUGGUGGGGACACCUGGGCUGGGUCAUGUGGCCUGUGUGUCAGUGCUGGCCUCAAUCACCCUUCAGGGGGGCCCUCCUGUGGCAAGAAUGAUGGGACAGGAUGGGCCAGCUAUGUUUCCUUCCCGAUACUCUGGAAGACUGGGACAUUCCUUCUGCUGACACUGGCUUGAGCCCAACCUCUCAACUAUGAGGUGGACUUCAAAUCUCCGCAGAUAGAUGGCUGCCUGUUAUGGGGGACUCUGCCCAACACUCACUGGCCCCUCACCAGCCUAUGCCAGGUGGCAGGGGCACAGAUGGAUGACCUGGUGGCUCUUCCUGUGAACUCAGGCUAGAACACAAGGCCCUGGGGCUAUAGGUACAAGGUAGGAGCCAGAACUCCUGGAUGGGCAUGGAGGAGAUCUUACUGGAGGAGGCGGCAUUUCGUCUUGACUUGGCCUUCAAGAUGAAGAGUGUGUUCCUUUUAAGUAUCAAUUUGUUCAUCUUAUUUUGAUGGGUUUUUGGGGGGGGAGGGAGACAGGGUCUCGCUUAUAGAGCCCCAGCUGAUCUUGUGGUCCUCCUGCCUCUGCUCUCUGAGAGCUGGGAUUAUAGGCGUUGACCACCAUGUUCAGCACUCAUGUCUUUUGGUAUUAAAGAGAAAAGUAUGUGUUUAUUGUAGAGAAUCUGGAAACUGUAGAAGAUUGUCAAGAGGAAAAAUAAAAAUCAGCUGUCUUUUGGAGAAUUUCCUUCA